AUGACAACCGUGAUCGAAACCUGCCGUAUUCCGCCGCCACAAGACUCCGCGGCCGAGCUGUUCCUGCCGCUCUCCUUCUUGGACAUGACUUGGCUGCAUUCCAAUCCGAUGUACGUCCUCAACUUCUACAACUACCCAUGUUCUGAAGCUGAAUUCUCCAACACCAUUGUUCCAAGCCUCAAACACUCUCUCUCUCUAACCCUCAAACACUACUUCCCCGUCGCCGGAAAUCUCCUCUUCCCUCUCGACUCCGACGCCCCGAAACCCGUUCUCCGCUACACCCCCGGCGACACCGUAGCGCUCACAAUCGCCGUCUCCAGCCUCGAAUUCGACAAGCUCAUCGCGAAUCACGCUAAAGAAUCCGACCAAUUCUACAAUUUCGUACAGCCGGCGGCGCCGCUGAUUGAAGAAGAAAAUUACAAAAUUGCCCCUGUGAUCUCCCUCCAGGCGACGCUCUUUCCCCGCCGCGGAAUCUGCAUCGGUGUGAACUUCCACCACAGCCUCUGCGACUGGAGAUCCAUCGUCGGAUUCGUCAAGGCGUGGGCCGUGAUCAACAAAUCCGGCGACGAUGAGGCUUUGGCCGAAUCUCUGCCGGUUUUUGAGAAACCCGACUCCGAAGCUUCUAGAAGAGUCGAUGGAAUAUUCUGGAAUGCAAUGAAGAAUAUUCCUUUCAAGACGGUGGUGUCUCUCCCACGGCCGACUAAUAGAGUGAGAGCUUCGUUCAUCCUCCGCCAAUCCCACAUAAAAAACCUCAAGCAUCGGUUCUUAUCGGCGAGGCCGAGCCUAGAUCGGGUCUCCACUUUCACAGUUGCGGCGGCGUAUGUCUGGACCACGCUGGUGAAGUCGCACGGCAGCGGCGGAGAAGAAGAUGAGGUGUUCGUUUUUCCGGCUGACGCGAGAGGGCGGCGGAACGCGCUGUUCGAUCCGCAGGUGGCCGUGAAUUACUUCGGGAAUUGCUUGGGCGGUGGGGUGGUGAUAGCGGAGCAUCGGAAGUUGGCAGCGGAGGAUGGAUUUGUUGCGGCGGCGGAGGCCAUCGGUGAUGUGAUCAAGGCCAAAAUCUACGACGGAGAUGAGUUGCUUAAAAGUCCGGAAGAUCGGCUGUCGAUGAUGUCGUUGCCUGAUAGGGUUUUCGGGGUUUUGGUGGUGUAUGGUUCGCCCAAGUUUGAGUAUAAGGAGGCGGAUUUUGGGUGGGGGGUGGCGAGGAAGGUGGAGAUUCUGUCGUUGGAUGAUGAGAAAUAUGGAAUGUUGUUGAGUAACUCCGGCGACGGUGGUUUGGUUAUCGAUUUGUCGCUGCCCAAGGAGAUGAUGGAGUGUUUUGCUUCUAUAUUUGAAGAUGGCCUAAUAGUAUGA